AAAGCAAACAAAUUAUUUAAAAAGUAAACAUAACCUAAAAAUUGAUCGAAAAAUUAUAAAUACCUCGAUUAAAAUGGGUACCGAAAAUAAGAAAAACAAACAUAAACGAAAUAAAAAGAAGAACAAGGGCAAGGUAGUGAAUGAAAUUAACAAGAUAGACGCGAAUGCUGAUGUGGAACAGCUAACUGGAGAGGAAGAAUCGGAGACUGCAGGACUGCAACAAGAUGAGCCCUUCGAAGACAGCCGGAAAAGGGAACAUAUAGACGAUUCCGACGAUGAUGAGACACCUAAGAGGAAGAAAAAGAAGAAGAAGCCACUUCCAGAACAAACAACGGACAAAAAAGGCAAGAAAUCCAUACGUCAAAUGAAAAGAGAGAAAUUCCUUCAACGGCAAGCCGAAGAACAAGCAGCUGCUAAAGAUCAGCUUAAAUCACAGUGCCUUAGCUACUUAUCACAAUGGAAACAUGAUAAACAAAACUGGAAGUUUAUGAAGGCUAAACAGGUGUGGCUUUACAAGAACAAGUUCUCCUCAACUUUACUGCCAGAUGCGUCAUGGCCACUAUUAUUAGAAUACUUUGAGUCAGCUAAAGGCAACAUCCGCAAUAUGCUACUUGAAGAUGCACAUAAAGUUAUUAAGAAAAUGGAUGAAUGGACAGAAGCACAAAGUGGGAAGGAUAAGAAGGAAGAGGAGGCUGAGGACUCUGACACGGAAGAAUCAAAUAAACCAGAUAGUACUAGUUAUAAAAGAGCUCGGGACCUAAUACAAUGUUUGGAAGAAUAAAAACUGUUGUUUCA